AAUAAGUCGUCUGUUUAAUGGCACAGAGCCUAUUGUCUUGGACAGUUUAAAACAACAUUAUUUCAUUGAUCGAGACGGUGAAAUUUUCAGAUAUAUAUUAAGCUUCCUAAGGACAUCUAAGCUACUGCUCCCAGAUGACUUUAAGGACUUUAAUCUUUUAUAUGAAGAAGCAAAGUAUUACCAGCUGCAGCCAAUGAUUAAGGAACUUGAGCGAUGGAAACAAGAGAAAGAACAAAGGAAACAUUUCCAGCCUUGUGACUGCUUGGUCGUACGAGUGACUCCAGAUCUGGGGGAAAGAAUUGCGUUGAGCGGGGAGAAAGCUUUAAUAGAAGAGAUCUUCCCGGAGACUGGGGACGUCAUGUGCAACUCCGUAAACGCAGGCUGGAACCAGGACCCUACCCACGUUAUUAGGUUUCCUUUGAACGGGUACUGCCGGUUGAAUUCAGUGCAG